AUAUUCUUUCCCUCUUUUAUUUUAUUGUAAUUAUGAAGAUGUUGAACGCCAACAAAUUUUGUGGACAGCAAACGGAGCUGAGAAUAAAUAAAGAAGAAAUCGGAUCAAAAAUGGAGACAGUGUUUACCGAUGAAAUAACAGAGUUUAUUAUUGAAAACGUUCGAGCUGCGGAAUAUCUAUGGAAUCCAGCGAGUCCGCUCUACAAAUUGAGACACCUAAAAAACGAUUUCUGGCAAAAAUUGACGGACGACAUAAACAUUAAAUUCAACCCAGCAGUUCAUGUUGUGCAAACUGAUGUAUGCAGAAAAUGGAACAACCUUAAAUCGUACUACAAGUAUAUGCACCAGAAAAGCUCGCUACUUGAUUGGAAAAACAAAUCCAAAAUGGAAUUCAUAUUGCAAAUACCUCCCUCCAGGCUAUCCUUAAAUAGCUCUAUGAAUGGCAACAUAAGCAAAAUGGAAAUGAUGGAUGAAAGCAGCUUUCAUACAGAAGAGUCCUUCAAUCCACACGAUGUUCAAAGCCCGCAUGUUGCUAUAGAGGAGGAAGAGGAGGAAUUUAAACCAUCUGCAAUAGAAAAUACAGCCUUAAAGAACUCACCGGAUACCACAUAUGCUGCUAUCGACUCAGAACCAUCCCCACUUCCCAAGAAGAGACGAACUCUAAAUGAAAGUGGACUCUCGAUUGCCAAUGUCAAUAGCAUUGCAGCAUCUGCCGAGCGAAGCAAUCCGGAGCCCAAUGAAUUGUUUCAUUAUGGCAAUUUCAUUAUACAGAGCAUUAAGCGCCUGGAUCGUGAUCUGCAGAUACAGGCGAAAAAGAUUUUGACAAAUGUCAUCUUAGAAUUGGAAACGGAGCAAGAUGCAAGGGACACGGCCAGGAAAUAGAUCUUAAAGUUACAAAACAUUUUAUAUAGAUUUUAUCUCUAAGCGAAUAUUUUUAGUUUUAAUGACGCAUACAAUUGUACAGAACUUCAGUUAUAAGCACCUAUCCAUUCAAUAUUCUUU